GAGCGAGCCGCCAACCUGACUUUGGGAAGAGCCCUGGGCCAGGAGGACAUCUCAAGGACUACGUCUCCCAGCAUGCAAUAAGAGCUCGGUGGGGGCAAACCACAUGCGACUGCUCCGGCCUCCCAGUUCCCCUGCAAAGCUCAGCUGUGUUUCGAUAGUCCGGCGGAGGCAGCACGGCAGGCGAGCAGCGGAGAUGGCAGCUGGACUCCGCUACCCGGGCAAGGUGGCCGUGGUGACGGGGGGCACCAGUGGCAUCGGCCUGGCCAUCGUGAAGGAAUUCGUACGGCAAGGAGCCACAGUGGUCUUUUGUGCCCCAGGAUCUGAAGAAGAAAGGGGACGAGUGAUUCAGAAGGAGCUGCAAGAUUCUGGGAGCCCAGGGGAAGGUUACUUCCGGGUCUGUGAUGUCCGUAAUGAGACGGACAUUAAGGUAUUGAUUUCAGCUACUAUAGAACACUAUGGACACCUGGACUGCUUAGUGAACAAUGCUGGAGGGCACCCUCCUGACCAGACAAUAGACGAGGUGAGUGCCCAGGAGUUCCGUAGCCUCAUGGAUCUCAAUGUUGUCAGCUGUUUCUUAGCAUCAAAGUUUGCACUGCCGUACCUCCGGGAGACAAGAGGGAACAUCAUCAACAUUUGUAGUCUUGUGGGCAGCAUGGGGCAGAAAUGGGCAGUGCCAUAUGUAGCCACCAAGGGGGCUGUUGCUGCAAUGACCAAAGCCAUGGCCAUAGAUGAGAGCAAAUAUGGAGUACGAGUCAACAGCAUCUCGCCUGGGAAUAUCUGGACUCCUAUGUGGGAAAAGCUAGCUAACCAGACAGGCAAAGCGGAAGCAGUGAUCCAGGAAGGCAGCAAUGCUCAGCUCCUGGGACGGUUUGGGACCCCGGCAGAGGUGGCAUCGGCUGCCCUGUACCUUGCUGCUGAUGGCACGUUCUGCACCGGUAUUGAUCUUGUGCUCAGUGGUGGAGCUGAACUUGGUUAUGCAAAGAAGAAUCCCAGUUUGGUUUGCGAAAGCUAGCAGGUUAGAGCUGAGAGCCACCCAAGACUUCUUGAGGAAGUGAAAGAGCUUCAAUGGUUGGUAGAGCAGAAGAGCUGGAUCGGCAACUUAGACUUCAUAUUUAAAAGCCUGGCUAAAAACCACUUUCUGGAAGAUCUUCAUUUUAGCUAACACACUGUGACCCUGAAAGAGUGGUCGGCGGCUGAUUCCUUUUUUAUUUCUCGAUUGGCGCCACCAGCUGGUCUUUGUGGACAUUGCUGGAGUCCUUGUGGAUACUGUAUGGAUGUAGCUGGGCUGGUUGUUUUCCUGGAUUGGUAUUUGGUGUGUUUUGGAUUUUGCUAACAGACCUUAAAUUUUGUAACAGAUUUUUAAUUAUAACACAAACCACUUAGUGAGGAAGUGUUCAUACCAAACAGCAGGAAACAAAUAUUUUAAUAAAUAGAUGGAAUAACCCUAAA